AGACAAUUCGUGAGUCUCCUUCCUUGUUCUCUUUUCCGAAUCGGAGCGGUUUCUUCCACCGGCGAUCAGAACCCAGCAAAAAUUUUCUGCCACCGUAGCCCGCCGUGGGUCGCUAACCGGGAGGCGAGACCCUGACACCCGCCGCGUCUCCGUUAGCUCUUUUUCCUUCGGCACACUCCAGAGACCAGACGAGGUGUUUUCUCAUAGAAAGUCACCGUCCCCUUCUUCAUCCUCAGAAUUUCCUUGUCACUAGCCGCGGUAAGAUCCAAAAUUAUUUUGCUGCUUUUUUUUCUCUCUUUCUCUCAGUUCAUUUGGGCAUAACUCCUUUUACCUCGCUAAUUCUGAAGAUCACUGUCACGUAGCCAUGCUCGAAGCUGUGAUUUCGAAUACCCUUCGAAAGCUUGGCUUGAUCUGGUGGAAUCUGGAACAAACUGUGGGCAGUCGCAUCUUACACGGUAUUCUGGGAGACCUCAAGUGUACAUUGGAAACAUUGCAAGUCUUGGCCCCUAAUGGAGAGAAGGCAAGAGUGACAGAUAGAUUUCCUACGCUUUGGGUCGAAGACGUCAAAAGCUUAUGCUACCUUGUGGACGACUUGUUGGACCAGUGGGAGAUUGAUGACAUUAAUGGUCGGCACCGCCAAUCUUACCUACUGUCGAGGCUUUGCUUCGGCUGCCAUGGUAGUAGGUACGUGAUCUAUGGUAAGUUGAAGGAGCUAAAUGACAGUCUGAUCUUGCUCACCCAGGAUGCAAAGUCGGUUGGCAUUACUGCAGGGGUGGUGAAUGAGCCAUUUGAUUCCUGUCGUCUCACCUCUUCUUUGUUUGACCCCGAUAAGGUGGUGGGUAGAGAGAUGGAGAAGAGAGCACUGGUGAACAUGUUAGUCAAGCACACUCAUCAUGACAAUCCCAGUGAAGCUGUUCAUCAACCAUGUCCUGUUAUCAUCUCCAUCGUUGGGUAUGUGGGCAUUGGCAAAACUAUGUUGGCCAAGCUAGUUUACAGUGAUCCCGUGAUAGCUCAUCACUUUGAGCUUCGCAUUUGGGUGUGUGUCUCGGAGAAGUUUGAAGAGAUGUCUAUAGCCAAAUCAAUUAUUCAGCAAGUCCUCCCUGUAGAUUCCAGGGGCGGGGGACUGGGCUCCUCUGGUAUUCUGCCCGAGUUAGCAAGGAGAAUUGCAGGGAAAAGGUUUCUUCUUGUUCUCGACGAUGUAUGGGAAGAAGACCCUAAUAAAUGGAAUUCUAUCAUUGCAGCACUCAAGCAUGGGUCUCAGCAGAGCAGAGUUCUGGUGACAACACGCAACCAGAUUGCUGCCCGUUCCUUAAACUCCAAUCAGAUAUUCAGGUUGCCAGAGUUGCCUCCGCAUGAUUGUUGGAUGCUCUUCGCUCGGUUUGCUUUUGCAAGAUGGGGCAGUUUUGAAGGAUGUGCCUAUCAAGAACGUGAUGUCAGGGCAGUUGAGAAAACAUGCAGAGGCGUGCCUCUCAUUGCAGAGACUUUAGGAGGGAUAGUAAGCUGCCGAAGAUCAGGGGAUUCCUACAUUGGUUUCUCAUCUUUUGAUCUUUGGGGACUAGAAGAUAUUCUAAACUUUUUGUGGCCGACUUAUUAUCAUAUCCCCCCUGCUCUGAAACUUUGUUUUGCAUAUUGUGCUGUCCUUCCGAGCGGCUUUCAAAUUCCGGAUGAUAAACUGAUGAAAUUAUGGAUGGCGCAAGGUUAUCUCGAUCUGGAGUCGAGUGAUGAAGAUGCAGAAGUUGUGGGUGAAAGGUACAUUCAAAAUUUACUGAUGAGAUCGUUGCUUCGGGUGGUUGCAAAGGAGGGUGAUCAGGGCGGUCAUGUUAGUAAAGGCUGCAGAGAGCUUGAGAUGCCUGAGGCGAUUCAUGAUUUCGCCAAAGUUUGUGCAGCAUCUGAAUGUUGCAGCGUCCAUGAUCCUGAUCAUUAUGAUAUUUCUCCACUGGUCAGUCAUUUGGUGAUUGACCCCUCUCAAGCGCUCCAUCUAUCAAUUGUUGAUUGGGCCCCGUGCCCUCAGGCUAGUGAUUCCAUCCAAAGAUGUAAGCGCCUACGCAGCCUCCUAGUCCAAUCCAAGAGGUCUUCAGGCGGCGGCGUGCUAGUUCGAAGAUUACAAAGUUUGUUCACUCAAUUGACUCUUCUCAGAUCGCUAGACCUGACCGAUUGUACUUUCAAAAAGCUUCCAAGCUCGAUCGGUAAUUUGUUACUCUUGAGGCUUCUGAUCUUGUCCAGCAACAAGGACUUAGAAGAGUUGCCUGAAGAGAUAUGUGAGCUCUCCAAUUUGCUGACUUUUGAGGCUAACUGGUGUGAGAGUCUAAAAAUGUUGCCUAAAGGAAUAGGAAAGUGGGUCAGUUUGAGGCAUUUGGGUUACUUUCUUGAGUCAAGGAAGGCUUAUUUACCGAGAGGAAUCAGGAAGUUAAGUUGUCUUCGAACAUUGACGACGUUCAGUGUUGGCAAUCAUGAUGAAUCCGCUUCUUUGGCGGAUUUAGGGAAUUUGAACAAGUUGAGGGGAAACUUUUGCAUCAAUGGGUUAGGAGAUGUCGCUGAUGUAAGUGAGGCUCGUGAAGCCCAACUUCACGAAAAGAAAGCAAUCGUCGCAUUGGAACUGAAUUUUGAGAGAGAGGUAAAAGAAGGAAAUCAGGUAAACAAUGAUGAACUCCUAAUUGAAGCUUUGCAACCGCAACUUGAUCUGGUGGAGUUAACAGUCAAGGGAUACAAGGGCCGUCAGAUAUUUCCUUCCUGGCUCGUCAUGUUACAUAGCUUGAGGAAGAUUUCUCUGCUCUUAUGUGAUGAUUGUGAGAGUUUACCGCCUCUAGGGAAGCUUCCUUGUCUUGAAGAACUUGACAUUUGUUAUAUGCCUCGUGUGGCAACCGUCGGUCCCGAGUUCUUAGGGAUGGAAGUUGACGGCCUCGCUGCAGAAUCCUCAUCAGCUUCAUCAGCGGUAGCGUUCCCAAUGUUGAAGCAGCUCACCAUAACUAAUAUGUUAAAUUGGACAGAAUGGAGGGAUUGGAGUGAAACUGCAGUUGUUUUCACUAAACUGCGCACAUUGUCACUCGGGGAUUGCCCCAAUUUGAAGGCGCUGCCAGAGAAGCUAUUGCGAAAAGCUUCUUUGGAAGAAGUUGAACUUCAUAUGUGUCCAUUGCUGGAGAAACGUUAUGUUUUUUGUGCCAAUAUUGCUCACAUCCUUAAAAUCAAAGGUUUUAGCAAGCUACACAAUGGAAACCGGUGGAGCUAUAGGCAAAACAUAUCUGACCUUGGGAAGCCUGCACAAAUAGCAGUACUUGAGGUUCAGAUUGGGUCUGAAAGGGAAACCAAUGACCAUGCUGAUAAUGGUAAUUGAGGUACGAUAAUAGAAAGUGAUUGUGUUUAUGCAAAGAUUAGUUUUCCUUUCUUUGAACGAUUAUAGCAUAACGUACAUACUGUAUUUUUCUCUUCUAGUUUGUUACUGUUUAGUUGUUGUGUGUUACCUGUUAGUAGUUGUUUUUGUUUACAUAAUCUUCUGUUAGUACUUGUUUGCGUUUAGAUAGUAGGGCCAUUUAAUUGUGUUUAUUAUUAUACUGUUCUAUACUUUGUUUGUGGUGGUAAUGACUUAUAAAAGUUCAUUUGUUUAUGGUUAUGCAGCAUCAUGAUUUAGUGGUGGCAAUGGUGUUCCAAGUUCUUUUGGAGUUUGGAAAUUGAAAGGUAGAGGAAUUGAAGUCUUAGAUAUUAAGUACUGAUCUUUUGGAAUUUUAUGGUUGUAUUUAAGUAGGGGUGUUCAAACGGUGUGGUUACCAUGGUAACCGUUUUAACCAGUACUAUUUGGAUAAUUUGGUUUGGUUAAUUUGGAUAAUUAGUUUAGUUUGGUUAAAGUUUUUAGCUUGUUCGGUUUAGGUGGUCAGGUUUGGUUUCAGACACUUCUAACCAGUCAAACCAAAUUAAUCAGAUAAAUAAUU